AUGGCGUCCACUUUCGAGCAUCUGCGCGAGGCCGACCUCGAUGACGACGAGUACGAUGAGGAAGAAAUCGACAUCUCCGACCUGCGCGAGAAAUACGAGGUCCAGCUCGACUCGGGCUACGACCACUUCGUCGUUAUCGACGGCCUGCCAGUCGUCACCGAGGCGCAAAAGCCCAAGCUGGUCAAGUUCUUGCUGAAGAAGCUGAACUCGGUUGGCAAGACCCGCGAGGACCAGAUCUACAUGCCCAUCGGCGAGAGCGGAAACUCUGAGAGGUUCGCCUUCGUCGAGUACUCCUCGGCCGCCGAGGCGGCAGCAGCCGUCCGACAGCUGGACCAGGUCCCUCUUGACAAGAAGCACACCCUCCGCGUCAACAAGCUGACCGACAUCGAACGAUAUGGCCGCGAGGGAAGGAUAGAGGACGAGUACCACGAGCCCCAGAUCGAGCCUUUCCAGGAGCACGAGCACCUGCGGUCCUUCCUGGCAGAUCCUUCCGGCCGAGGCCGGGACCAGUUCGCCAUGUACCGUGGUGAUACCGUUGGCGUUUUCUGGAACAAUGACAAGGACGCUCCCGAGAACAUUGUGGAUCGCCAAUUCUGGACUGAGACCUUUGUGCAGUGGUCUCCCCUCGGCACCUACCUGACCUCGAUCCAUGCGCUUGGUGUCCAGCUGUGGGGAGGCGCGAGCUGGUCGAGGCUGCGCAGGUUCGGCCAUCCUUUUGUCAAUCUGGUCGCCUACUCUCCCCACGAGAACUACCUUGUUACCUGGUCCGCACGGCCCAUCGCUAUUGGCGACGACGGCCACCCGCAGCUGACACGCGACGACGACGGCAAGAACUACAUCGUUUGGGACAUCGCCACCGGCAAGCCACUCCGGUCCUUCGCUAACCUUGACACCCCUGAGGAUGGGCCGGGCAAGGCCCCCAAGUUCCCCUGGCCCGCUUUCAAGUGGUCUGCCGACGAUAAAUACGUCGCUCGCUUGAUCCCAGGCCAAUCCAUCUCCGUCUACACCUUGCCCAGCAUGGGUCUCUUGGACAAGACAACAAUCAAGAUCGAGGGUGUGAAGGACUUCGACUGGGCGCCCGCCACUCCCAAGCGCGAAGGUGUCAAGACAUACGAGCAGCUAUUCUGCUACUGGACCCCUGAGAUCGGCAGCAGCCCGGCUAAGGUCGGCCUCAUGAGCAUCCCCUCCAAGCAGGUUGUUCGGUCCUUGAACCUGUUCAGCGUCUCCGACGCCAAGCUGCACUGGCAGUCCGAGGCGGCCUACAUCUGCGUCAAGGUUGACAGGCACUCCAAGUCCAAGAAGUCACAAGCUACCACUCUCGAGAUCUUCCGUGUCAAGGAGAAGGGUGUGCCUGUCGAAGUCGUCGAUACUGUCAAGGAAACCGUGGUUAACUUCGCAUGGGAGCCCAAAGGCGACCGCUUCGUCAUCAUCACGGCCCCCGAGGCACCAGGAGCUACUGCCGUCGCCCCCAAGACCUCCGUGGCCUUUUUCUGCCCCGAGAAGGCCAAGGGUAAUGCCGUUGGCAACUUCAAGCACCUGCGGACCCUGGAUAAGAAGAACAGCAACGCCAUCUACUGGUCUCCCCGAGGCCGCUUCGUGGUCGUUGCUAGUGUUGCCAGCCAACAGAGCUCCGAGCUCGAGUUCUUCGACCUUGACUUUGAGGGUGAGAAGCCAGAGUCUGACAAGGACCUGACGGCCAACCUCCAGCUCAUGAACACCGGCGACCACUAUGGUGUGACAGACAUCGAGUGGGACCCAUCUGGACGUUACGUCGCCUCCUGGGCUUCGUCAUGGAAGCAUUCUAUGGAAAAUGGAUACCACAUCUACGAUUUCAGGGGAGAGACCCUCCGCGAGGAGCCCGUCGACAAGUUCAAGCAGUGGUCAUGGCGACCACGGCCUGCUACCCUGCUCACCAAGGAGGAGCAGAAGCAGAUCCGCAAGAAUCUGCGCGACUACUCGCGCGUCUUUGAGGAGGAGGAUGCCCAGCGUAUUACUGGUGCUAACCAGGAGGUUGUCGAGAGGCGGCGACAGAUGCUGGAGGACUGGUUCUUCUUCCGCGAGUCGAUCGAGGCCGAGGUCAGCGAGGAGCGCGAGGAAUACGGUGUGCCCGCCGACCCCGGCGCGGAGCUCAUCAAGCAGAAGAUGGCUGCCGAGGCGAUCGACGGCGAGAAGGAGGAAGUCAUCGAGGAGAUUGUGGAAGAGGUGCUCGAGGAGAGCGAGGAGAUUGUCUCCACGUAA